GGGGAGGGGUGUGGAGGAGAAGGAAACUAGGUCAUCUUCCCCACCCCUCCUGGCCAGCCCUUUCUGCAGCAUAACUUCACUCGGCUGGGCUGGAGCGCACCGUAUCGGAGACUGUUGCUGUCUGCAAUCAGGCGGCCAUGGCGGUCUUUUCCGGUGGCGCCGGGAAGCACCUCCAGGGAGCCAGGGGCCCCUUUCUGGGUGCACCGGCUGCCGUGUUUCUGGGCCGUUCCACUUUGGACUGUGGGUGGGACUCGUAUCGCCCGACAUUUCCCCAUACAAAAAAGGAAUGUCCUGUCCAUGGAAAUCUGGCAAGCCAAUUAGGAGCGGGGAGCAUGUACUGAUCAUCUUGGGCGCCUGCUGUGUUCCUGACCAUUUCCACGCCCGCUUCUCCGCCCUGUCGAGGACUUGCGUGUACCGGGUGGCGACGGGAUGCUGCCACCCUUCUGAGCUGCCGGUCUUUGAACGGCACCUUUGCUGGGCGACGCCGAAGGGCCACCGGAACCUGUCAGCCAUGCAGGAGGCCACGGGAGACCUGCUAGGCACCCGCGACUUCAGCACUUUCCCCUCAGCCUCCGCGGAAGAGCAUCUGAAAAACCCCGUCGAGACUCUCACCCGGGCAGAGGUGAGGCCCGCUCCCAGCUUCCUCGUGCAUCACAGCAAGAGCAGUGACUUGAAAUUUUGGGAGCUGGAAUUCCGAAGCCGGCCUUUCCUCUACAAGCAGGCACCGACCAGAAGCAAUUGAUGGAUUGAUGUCAGAGACUCGAUGGAGAGACUGCAGCGGUGUGUUCCUUGCCCUGAUCCUGACCCCAAGCCUUUCCUUGGUGCAAAGAUGACGGCAAUUUCACCCUAAGGGUUUGAGAGUGGGGAUCAACAAGGGCUGAUCGCACCCGGAGAGCUGUCAGUGCAACAGGGCUAUCACCUCUUUGCCAACUCGAGGAGGACCGACGUUGCCCGAAAUCACUCUGAGCGAAAAGCAGCGAGAGAUUGGAGAGACGCUUGUUUGUUUUAUUUAGACAUUGAUAUCCCGCUCUGCCUCCCAAGAGCCCAGAACAGUGUACAUCGUUAUGUUUAUCCUCACAACAACCCUGCGAGGUGGGUUAGGCCGGGAGAGAAGCGACUGGCCCAGAGGCACCAGCCUAGAUGGACGAGGGUCUGAAUCUGUAGACAGAAGCGUCACGUGCGCCCCGUGGAUGAACUACUGAAGCAUCAGUUUGUUGUCUUGUGCUGAUUUCUUGACUGUUUCCUCAAUAUUUGAUGUUCUAUCAUUUAAUGUUUGUGUAUCUUGUCUGAUUUGUUGUACAUCCUGUUUCAGUUGUAACAUAUCACAACUGACUUGUUGAAGGGGGGUUGUAUUGGUUUCCAGUAGCUGUUUCAACUACUGAUGGCAAAACUUACAGUACUGAUAAGAGAUCAAAAUUGAGAAUGUUUCAAAGAAGAUUGGAAACCAUUCUGAUUAUAUUUAAAGAACUAUUUUCCUAAUAUGGAUUUUACAACAGGGUUUGAAAUUUAGUAAUAGUAGCAGGUUGUGUAGAUCAAAAUCGUGUUUGUAAGGUUUAAAUCUAUGUUUUGAGUUAUUCUUAUAGCAAGGGUUAGCUAUACAGUUGGUGAUUCACGAGGAGGUGUGAGCGGGAAGUCCAUAUUUGUUUAAUGUGUUGUGAAUGAUUAUUGUUAAAAUUAAUAAAAAUUUAAUUUUUUUUUAAAAAAGAAGCAUCAGUGAAACUGUGUUGUGUACAGUUGAACCCUCCUGUCUCCCUCCCCCUCUUCUUCCGACUCAACAUUUACUCGCUUUCCAAGGAUGUGGAACUUUAGACCCUUCGAACUUUGGAACUAUUGAACCUUCGAAUUAUUGAACCUUCGAACCACUCUCCCAAUAAAGACAAAGCAGCGGCAUUGAAGCUGCUUGGUCUUUAAGCCCAUUAAAGUUCAAUACAUUGAUAGAUUGAAGGGGCAGUGGGUCAAUGGGGCAAAGGGGCAGUGGGUCAAUGGGUCAGUGGGUCAAUGGGUCAAUGGGGCAGUGGGUCAAUGGGGCAAAGGGGCAGUGGGUCAAUGGGUCAAUG